AUGCUGGGAACACUGGCAUUGCGGGGCUUCAGCUUCGCGUACGGACUUGUUGGGUUCGUCUUGUUGACAGCUACUGCUGCUCUCAGGGACGGCGCGUUUACUAGGAACCGGAGGCCAAGUGAGAAGGAGGAUGAGGAGUUCGAGAAAGGUACUUUCCCCUCGAGAUUGGUCUCUGCACACAUGGCCAACAAGCAAUUAGCGCAAAAACUGUACUGGGACCUCUCAAACAACCCUCUCCCGGGUUUCAAGCACAUGUUCUACAAGCUCGAGAAUGGCGUCCAGCUUCACUAUGUGACCAACGCAGUCGGGCCCAAUCUUGGAUCAGGAAAGAACGUCGCCAUCUUCAUACACGGCUUCCCAGACUCGUACGUCCUCUGGCGCAAGAUCCUGACAUCACCCGCCCUUUCCUCCCACAUCUUGAUAGCCGUCGAUCUUCCCGGAUAUGGAGGAAGCGAUAGUCUUGAGAAAUACGACCCGGACCAUGUCCUAGAAACCAUGACCUGGUUCAUACUGGGAAUGCGGGAGCAGUAUCUUUCGGAUGGAGGAAAACUAAUCAUGGUAACACAUGAUUGGGGCACGAUUGUAGGCGCUCGACUGGCCUCGGAAGCAAAUCAGCUGGCCGACCGAUGGAUACUCGCCAAUGGUGUAAUUCCCCAACAUGUCCGCUCCACUGUCCAGAGUCUCCUCGCCUCCUCACGACAGAUGCUACACACGUUCAUGCGUAACCCCACCAAUACCGCCCUCCUCAGAAAGUCCUUUUCAACAGUCGGGCCCAUGUUUUCCCAGCUAGGCCAAUCGUUCUACGUCUUUACUCUAAACCUACCAAUGCCACUUUCCAGCUUCGUCGUACGCAUGGGUAACUUCUGGUUCGUUCGACUCCUGCUUCUCGUCCAAGCAGAGAAAGAAGGCACAGGCUCGGAAACGCUCGGGGAGCUACUCGCGGCAUCAUUCGGUCCUGCUCUCCCAGGAGAGGCUCUUCAAUCCUCAAAUCCAGACCAUCAGUAUGGCGAAUCGGUCAUGAAACGCAUCCCAGAUCACGGCAUGUCACAGAAGAUCCGCGUCUAUCGUGAGGGUCUCGCUCUCUCCCCAUGGACCAAGAGCCUCGAGGCCAUCGCCGCGCUCAGUGAGAUAUCACGCGGACGGUCUUUUUCUGCGUCUGGUCGCGCCUUGUUCGACGAUGGACCCCCUGGUGCGCUCAAGGUACCUGCUACGCUCGUAUGGGGGAACAAGGACCCCGCGGGGGAUCGCCGUCUUGCGCUUAGCGGGCUCAGUGAUUACUUGACUAGGCGGAGUGACAUAGUGAUGGUCAAGGAGGGUGGACACUGGCUCCCGACGGAGGAGGUUGGAGCGAAAGUGAUUGCGGACGUGACGGAGUGGGCGUUGACGGGGGAGAAGACGCCGCUCAAGGAGAAGCUGGUCGAUGCGGAAGGGAUUACCAUUCAGUCUACUUGA